GCCCUGCUCUUCCUGGAUACUGAGGCGCGCGGAGGCCGCGUACACCUGCGGCGUACGAGCCGGGGUCAGCGGCCCGAGGGCUAGGGCCUCCGGCCCGGGGCCCAGGGGUACGUCCGACGCCCGGACAGGCUCUGCCGCUGGAGGCUCCGCCCCCGAGGACGCCCACCUCCUCGGUCCCCGGCUCUUGCGGUGUCCUGAGCAUCACCUGCCCCCUCCCUCCUGGGGCCUCCUGCCUGUUGGACCAACUCAGUUUGUUCCUUGUUCCUCGCCUGCUGAGGACUUAGGGUCUUUGUGCCCCGCACUGAGCUGCCGGGGCCUCUGUAGGCCCCCAUGGGAGAGGCCCUGCCCUUCUGCCUUUCCCUGGCUUCCUGGCUCCAGCUGGCUUCUGGUGAGUCCUGUCUAGGAGUUUGGGGAGAAGCCCUUCCUGCACUCCAGGGACAUGGAGGAGUUCCGGCGCGCCUACAGUCGGCUGUGCAAGGAGAGUGGGACCGAACCCCAGGAGACUGUCCUGCAGCAACUGCACCAGCUGCCGCAGGGCCGGCUGGACCUGGCCACACAGAGCCUGACAGUGGACACCUGCAGGGCUCUGGGCAAGCUGCUGCAGAAGGAGUCACUGCUGACGGAGCUCAUCCUGAGUGACUGCAUGCUGAGUGAGGAAGGGGCCACGCUGCUGCUGCAGGGGCUGUGUGUCAACACUGUUGUGCGGUUUCUGGAUCUCAAGGGCAAUAACCUUCGAGCAGCAGGGGCCGAGGCACUGGCAAAACUCCUCCGACAGAACAAGUCCAUUCAGAGCCUCACCCUGGAGUGGAACAACCUGGGCACAUGGGAUGAAGCCUUUGCUACCUUCUGCGGGGCCCUGGCGGCCAAUGGCACCCUGCAGCAGCUGGACCUCCGCAACAACCAGAUCAACCACAAGGGCGCCGAGGAGCUGGCCCUGGCCCUGAAGAGCAAUGCCAGCCUCCAGCAACUGGACCUGCGCUGGAAUCACAUUGGCCUCCUCGGGGGCCGCGCCCUGGUGAACUGUCUCCCCAGCAACAGAACCCUGUGGAAGCUGGAGCUGGCUGGGAAUAACAUCCCGGGCGACAUCCUCAGAGCCGUGGAGCAAGCCAUGGACCACAACCAGGACCGGCAGACCGUCUUCCGGGAAAGCCAGGCCCGUGCCCAGGUGCUCAGCAAGGAGGUGCGGCACCUCCGGGAGGAGAAGUCCAAGCAGUUUAUGGACUUGAUGGAGACGAUCGACAGACAGAGAGAAGAGAUGGCCAGGAGCAGCAAGGCAUCGGCUGCACGUGUGGGGCAGCUUCAGGAAGCGCUGAAUGAGAGGCACUCCAUCAUCAAUGCCCUCAAGGCCAAACUUCAGAUGACAGAGGCUGCCCUGGCUCUGUCGGAGCAGAAGGCCCAGGACUUGGGGGAGCUCCUGGCUACCACAGAGCAGGAACAGCGGAGCCUGGCACAGAGGCAGGCCAAGGAGCACAGGCUGGAGCAGCAGGAAGCUGCAGAGCGGGAGUCUAAGCUCCUCAGAGACUUGUCUGCUGCCAAUGAAAAGAACCUACUUUUGCGAAACCAGGUGGAUGAACUGGAGCGGAAGGUGAAAUCUCAGCAGGAGCAGCUGUUCCUGACCAAAACGGAGCUGACCAACACGACGGCUGAGCUGAAGAUGCGGGCCGUCCAGGCUGAAGAACGCCUGGAACUGGAGAAGAAGAGGUCCCGGCAGAGCUUGGAGGACGCGGAACACCUGCGCUUCAAGGAGGUGGAGCACAUGACUCGCCACCUGGAGGACAGUGAAAGAGCCAUGCAAGAGAGGGUGCAGAGGCUGGAGGCUGCACGGCUGUCACUCGAGGAGGAGCUGAGCCGGGUGAAGGCCGCGGCACUCAGUGAGCGAAGCCAAGCCGAGGAGGAGCUCAUCAAGGCCAAGAACCAAGUCCGCCUGGAGGAGCAGCAGCACCUGGCUCACCUGGAGGAGAAGCUGCGGCUGCUGGCGCAGGCACGGGACGAGGCUCAGAGCGCCUGCGUGCAGCAGAAGCAGACGGUAGCCGAUGCCCAGGCGCGGGCCAGCCAGCUGGGCCUGCAGGUGGAGAGCCUGAGGCGGCGCCUGGAGGAGCUGCAGCAGGAGCUGAGCAACAAGGACCAAGAAAAAGUAGCUGAGGUGACGAGGGUGCGGCUGGAGCUGCAAGAGCAGAAUGGCCGCCUGCAGGCCGAGCUGACGGCCCAGGAAGCACUGAAGGAGAAGGCCGCGGCCCUGGAACGCCAGCUGAAAGUGAUCGCGAGUGACCACCGGGAGGCGCUGCUGGACAGGGAGAGCGAGAAUGCCUCUCUCCGAGAGAAGCUUCGCCUUAAAGAGGCUGAGAUCGCCCGGAUUCGGGAUGAGGAGGCCCAAAGGGCCAGCUUCCUGCAAAAUGCUGUCCUGGCUUAUGUGCAGGGGUCCCCCCUGAGGACCUUGAGCCCCCAAAAGUGAGGGGGCAGGGAAAGUCUGAGAGCGGCAGGAAGGUGGCAUCUGUCGGACGAGUGUCUGACGCCUGCCCCUCCCUUCUUCACCAGGAACAGGCCACUGGCAGGUCUGGGCUCUUUGCGCAGAGUCUACAGCCAGUAACGUGGAAAAUCAGUGCUGGGCAGGAUCUGAGAGCAAGACAGCCGCAGCUUACAAUCAGGGUCCCUGUCUGGGUGGUGGGGGCGGUCCAGAACCUGGCUGGCCAAGAGGGCCCUCCCCACUCAGUCAUCCCCAUCGCAGGGAGUGACAUGCCUGAGAACACAGACCCAAGAAGGUAGGAGCAGUGCGUGAGCUCUCCCGGCCCCACCCACCGUGGUGCAGUCACCUUUUACAACCAGGAGCUCUGCAGCUUGCUCACCCCAGGGUAUUUUGAAAUACAGAAUUUUGCACUUUGUGA